ACAUGCAUCCUACAAUUAAGAGUCCACGGAAGGUGAAACUAAGAGAGAGAUGACCCAAAGACACAUCCUCAGAGGAGGUUUCUCUUAUCAUGGCUGAAGUACUUGCAUGUUCUGUUGACUCUGAUACUCAGCGAUGUAGAGUUUGUUUCAACAAAGGUAAUCUCAAGAACUUCAUCUCAUUUUUGGGACCAGAAACCCAACAAGAGAGGCUCAAGACAAUGCAGAAAAUUUUUAUGGGAGAUCUCCAGGUUAGUUAUGGAAUGUUAACCAAGUAUGGAUCUGUAUUGAUGCAGCAAUCACUGGCAUAAAUGCCUCCUCCAUUGAUGUAACUCCAGGUGAUUCUUUAUGUAAUUUGGUGCUAUCAGUUCACAAAUGUUUUGCAUAGGAAUUAUUCUAAUGGUCUAAGGUUCACGAGUAGCUAUUUGCUACAUGCUUUCCAGAAAACAGUUUAAACAUAUAAGAGUUCUUUUCCUUGUUUCAUUUUGCAUUUCUUCCUACUUGUUUGUAGUUCAUUUCUGGUAAUGCUGCUUGCUCUUUGUCUAAUGAAUAAUAGAAACUUUC